UCCCACCCCCCACCCCAAAAAAAGAAAGGCACCUAAGGCCCCAGAGGCGCUUGUGGGGAGCUGAGAUUGAUGGGUGAGAUCCUGGCUCUGGGACUUUAGCAAAGAGAGUGGUCUGCAGAAACCAACCAGAGGACUGACAAGAUGAAAAUGGAGGAGCAAGACUCAGCAAGCACCAUGAUGAAGGAUGGGUUUGAGGGACCGGGAGGAGCCCCUUAUGUCCUCCAUGCCAGGAAUAUUGGGGUGUUUCCGCCGCUGAGACUGGAAGAACAGAUUAAGCAGGAAAAAGAUGAUGGCCAGUUUCAACAGUGGGAUAACCAGUGGCAAGACUUCUUGAAAACAGUGGAGUCGCCUCACUCAGGCUGGGCAGUCCCACAGUUAUUGGAGGAGCCCACUCCAUGGGACGAUACGAAGGCCUUUCUGGCCUCCUUUGAGCAAGUGGCCAAAGCCUGCCGGUGGCCCAAAGGAGAAUGGGCCACCCGCCUCCUGCCAGCUCUCCGUGGAGAAGCUGAGCAGGCCUUUCACAGGCUAGGAAGCCGAGAUAGAGAGGAUUAUGGGAAAGUAAAGGCGGCCAUCUUGCGCCAAGACGCCCUUCGACGGGAGAAGCAGCGUCAACACUUCCGGCGUUUCUGCUACCAAGAGGUCGAGGGGCCCCGGGGGGCUUACAGUCGACUCUGGGAACUUUGCCAUGGGUGGCUAAGAGUCGAAAAACACAGCAAGGAGCAGAUUUUGGAGCUGUUGGUCCUGGAACAGCUCCUGACCAUCUUGCCUCGAGAAAUGCAGAGCUGGGUCCGGGAACAUGGGCCAGAGACUUGUGCCCAGGCAGUGGCCCUGGCAGAGGAUUUCCUUCUGAGGCAGGAAGAGGCCGAAAGAGAGGACAAACAGGGGCUGACACCAUUCGUAGAGGUAGCUAUGAGUUUCUCUGAGAGCUCAUCUAUCCUCCGGCCACGGCAGGUAUGCAGAGAAACCAACCCAGGAGGUGAUGCUGUACGUUUAGAAUACACACAGAUAGGGGAAUGUGAAGAAAGUAAGUAUCGACCUGAGUGCCCCCAGCAAGUGGAGCCAUCUAGAAGAAGAUCUGGAGAGAUCUUUCCCCAGGUUGAAGAUGAACACAGAUCACUGAGGCAGCUCAGAGACCAUUGUUCCAGGACCACAGGGGAUAGGUCACUUUCCUUCGUGUCUGACAAGGAGGCCUUCAGUGAAACUUUUGAGUGGCAGAGGUCAAAUUUACUUGGUAGGUCUGAGGAAGGUUUCAGACAGGGUUCCUGUUUUCCGAUAUGUGAAAAAGUUGACCCCCAGGAGGGCCCAUUCCAGUGUGCAGAAUGUGGAAAAGUUCUCAGUCGCAAGGAUCACCUUAAGAGACACCAGCAAAUCCACAUAAGGAAGAAUAAAUUGCAUCAGUGUUCAUAUUGCGGGAAGUGCUUUAGGCAGAGGUCAGACCUCAUUUUCCAUGAGAGAAUCCACACGGGGGAGAAACCACAUCAGUGCUCUGCCUGUGGGAAGAAUUUCAGAAGUACUUGUCAGCUGAUUGUUCAUGAAAGAAUCCACACCAGGGAGAAACCGUACAAAUGCUCUGCUUGUGGCAAAAGCUUCAGCCAGAAUGCAAAUCUCACUGUACAUCUGAGAACGCACACCGGUGAAAAGCCAUACAAAUGUUCUGUCUGUGAGAAAACCUUCAUUCAGAAGUCCCACCUUAUGAAACAUGAGAGAAUCCACACCAGAAAGAAGACCUGCAACUGUUUUGCAUGGAAAGAGCUUCCUUUGGAACAGGAUUCUCCCUGUAACGUGUGACAUAAUUGUGUAACUCUUAUGCUUGAAGAAAGAACUUCAUUUCUAAUGUGUAGGUUGCUUCUCAUGAAAGAAAUAAUCUAUGCCAGAAAAAAAAUGUAUAAGCAUUCCCUCUGUGAGAGAUUUUCAGCUGUAAUUUUAUCCAUAAAUGUCAGAACUAGUUGAA